ACUAUUUCAUCUUGCAUGCAAUGUUUUAACAAAACAAGUAACGAGUGUAUUAAAUCCUAUUAAUAACAAAUUGUUUCAGUUUUUAAUUGUUGUAAUGUAUCUUUAAUACUUAAUAAAAAUCAUGUUAACGUUUGUUUUGUAAAUAAAAUUAAUUUUAGGAUUUUUAUUAUCUUAGGGUAGUUAUUUUUAAUUACAUUAAAUAGAAUCAAUAUAAUUAUUUAAGUAUCAAAUUGUACUUCUUAAAAAUGUUGAAUAACUGCAGGUAUGUGGUUUAUAUAGUUAAAUAACCAUGUUGUAUUUUAUAAAAAUAUCUAUUAAAUAGUUUAAAGUCAUGAACUAAACUUAAAUCAUAUACUCUUGUAUAUAGAUAAUUUUUAAACUCUUUUUAGGUACCUAAUAGUUAUUAAAUUGUUCAUAUAAAUAUAUUUAAAGGACCUCUAGUCUUAUAGCAGUUAUGUAUAAAUUUAGAGGUCUCUUAAGUAUACUUUUAUGAAUAAUUGAAUAACUUUAGUCAAUGCCAACAGUAUAAAAACUAUUAUUUAUGUAAUAAAACUAUAAUAUAUAUUGUUCAAUGAAAUGUUUAUAUUUUAUUAUUCUUAUUUUAUAUUAUAGACCUAAAUUGCUUAAAAAGUCCGGUGAAACUGUUCAAUUACUACGACUGGCAUCUACUAAUUUUGAAAAACCCUCAAAUAAUGGAACUAGUAUCACUAUUCCAAAACGUAUAAAUAGAAGUUCCACUGAUAUUUUAAAAGUAAAUAUAACAGAACUAUGAAAUUUAUUUAUAAAUUACCUAAUUAUAUUUUAUUUUAUUAAAUAAUAAUACAAUUUGUCAAUUAUUUAGGCUAUCUCUAGUACUAUUCAACGAGAUCCUACUGCUUCACAUUAUAAAUACCACGAUGAUCCAUAUCUUAUUCCAGUUUCAAAUUUUCAAAAACGAGCAUAUGCUUUAAGUCAAGAAUCUGGUAGAAAAUCUGCUCAGUGGAUUGUUAAUCAGAAUCCUGAAUUAUUUAACCAUAAAGUAGCAUUUCCACCAAUUGAGGUUAAUAUUGUAUAUUUAUUAUUAUAAUAUUUAUACAUAAAAAAAUAAUUUUCUGGCAUUUAUUCUAGAAAUUUUAUCCUAAAACAGUUUAUGAUGAAAAUUGUCAGUUAGAUGAGAAUGUGUUAAAAAAAACAAUUGAAGAAUCGAUGGUAUCUGAUUCUAUUACUGUUUACAAUUUAUUAAGCCAAAAAGGCAUAGGUAAUUUUAUCAACUUUAAUUUUUACAAUUAAUAGUAUAAUAUUUUAUUAAUUUUGUAGAAAUUAGUUCAGAAACUCAACAAGCUCUUUUAGAAUUAGUAUGUUAUUAUAACAGUGUGGAUGAUAUAGAAGAAGAUUGGAUUGAAGAACGUUGGUAUACACAAUCUAAUAAAGAACGAGAAGAACUUAGAAAUACUUGGAAGUACGUAUUAUAUUAUACAAUUUUCAAUAACUAUGUUUUAUUGAAAACAAAACUUUCAGAUCUAAAGGUUUUGCCAAUUUCCUUUUUUCAACUAUUAAAUCUCCUAGUGCUGAACAUUAUUCAAUAAUAAUACAAGGAAUGGCAAAGUAUAAUCAGGUAAAAAUGUGAAAUUCAAUUUAAAUAUCUUUACCUCUGUGAUCCGUUUUCAAUUUGUAUGAAUACAAUUUAAAAUGUAUUAAGGUUAAUUAAUAAUAUUAAUAUAUAUCAUUUUUUUGUAUUCUUAUGUAUUUUACUAAUAUUUAGUUUGAUGAAGCUUAUAAUCUGUACAAAGAAGCAUGUGAAAAAGAAUUUGUAUUAUCUAUCAAUGCAUACAAUUCAGCUAUUAAAACAGCUAUUUAUGUCAAAGAAGGAGCUGAUCAUAAGUGGCUCCAUAUACAAGUAACUAAAUUUUAAAAAUUAAAACAGCUUCUAAUUAGUUAGGAUUUAUGGAACAAUGUGUAAAAUGAUACAUAUGUUAAAAUUAUCAAGUUGUUACUAACUGCACCUAAUAUAAACUUUUCCGAAAUAUAUUCCUACAGAAUUGUUGAAAAAGCAUUGUAAGCAGCAGAGCUUUUUCAAUAUAGUUAAAUUUUUCACUCCCAAUUUUGUAUUAUACAAAUAUUCUUUGUAAAUAAUAAAUAGCUGAUAAUUAUAAUAAAACAACUACUUAAUAUACUACUUAAAUAUUGGAAAAUUUGAGCUUAAAAAUAGUAGGGGGUUAGUUGAAAUUUGAAACCACCAAAAGUUAUGUUCUUGACACCUUGAUAUUGGUAUCACCUAGCAUAUACAAAGUGUCACCCCUUAGCUUCAGUCUGGGUGUAUAUAGAGGUGUUAAAACAUAAAAAACACCCUCAUUCUGCAUCAACAUGAUCAAGUUCAAUCCAACUAUUCAAUAUGCUUAUUAAUCUACUCUUGAUUUACGAGUUUGAGUUCAUUUGAUCUAGAGGAAGCCACCAAAAAUGUCAAAUGUAGCAAAAAAAAUAUAUAUAUAUAUACAGACACAAUAUAGCGCACUAAUCACUACUUUUAGCGCAAAUAGAGUUAUGUAUUUAUUACCUUGUACUAGUGAUGACCAACUUUCGGCUUGUGAUCAUUUAUUAAUCAGCCCACCAAAGUAUUAAAUUAAAAUUGAAAAAAAAAAAAAUUUCCAAAAUUAACACUUAUAUUAAAAAAAAGAUAUGUUUAUACUUUACAUUUUUUUUUUUCAUUUAUAACAAUCCAUGCCUAAUAAAUAAUUAAAUAUAUUGUACCUACAUUAAGAUAUACCUACAGUAAAAUAUAAUAUUCUAUUUUUGUUUUUAUGGCCCUCUGUAAAUAAAAAAAGGGUUGGUUACCACAUCCUUAGACAAUAAAUUAAAAUAUUUUACUAAUAAUGAGUUAUCUUCUAUAGUUAAAAGAUAUAAAAAUAUUUCUUUUUUCAAUAAUAUCUAUAAUUUACUACACGCCAUAAAUUAACAAUUAAAUGUAAAAUCUAUUUUAAAUGAAUCUAAAGAGGCAUUUAAACAAUAGUUACCUACUUAAACUAAUUAUUUAUGUUUUGUAAUAAUCAAUUAUCUAUCUUAAUAACAAAAUCAUUUCUAUAAAGAAAAUCUUAUUAAAUUUGAAUACCAAGUAUCUAUUUAUAAUAAAUAUUUAUUUGUGCUGGGUAUACAUUUAUUUAUUUUUCAGGAAAUAUUGAAACAAAUGAACAAUUUGGGUGUGCCUAUGAAUUUAUUGACUUUAAAUUCGAUUCUUAUUGUAUUAACUACUAUGUCGAUAAAACAAGAAACUAAAAAAUAUGCUUUAAAAACAAUUGCUGAAGCAAAGCAAUUUAAUAUUGAACCAUGUUUAGCAUCAUAUUAUUAUUUGUUACAAAUAUUUUGCUCUGAUAGUAUGUUCAAAAUAUUUUAAAUUUACCUAGUGUAAGUAAUUAUUUUAUUUAUAAUAAACAAUAAUUAUAUUUUUAGAGAAAAUGAAAAGUACUAUACUAAUUGAUAUUUUAAAUCAACUGGAAGGAAAAUCAUUAGUCAUUAAAGAUUUAGCUGAUACAAAAUUUUUUGUGACUGCAAUGGAAAAUUGUCAUUAUCAUUUACAAAGUUUUGAGAUUGCACUUCGUGUUCAUUCGAUAUUAAUGACAAAAAAUAAUUAUAAUUUAAUUGGAGACUCUUAUAAAGAAUCAGUUUAUUAGUAAGUAAUUAUUAUUAUUUUUAUUUUACAAAUGUACAAAUUACACUUUUGUUCUCUGAAGUAUUCAUAGUUUAUUAUUAAAAACGAUUGACGAUUGACUUCGCAUGAUGGAUGGGCCACUGUUGUAAGUAGGAAGUUAGAAAGAUAGGAUAUAGUUGUGAAUUUAAAGUAUAUCUGUACAUAACAAAUAAACAUUACUAAUGAAAUAAGAUUCAAGCAGAGUUUGGUUAUACACAUUUUGAAAGGUCACGAAAUUUACGAUUUUCAUCAAAAUUUGAUACUAAAAUUUUAAAUUUUUAUAAAAAAAAUAAUUUCUGUUUGGCCUAAUAUUUUUAUCUAUAGCAUAAUAUCGAAUAAUAAUUGUGUAAAAAAACUUAACAUAUAAAGCUAUUUAUAGACAUUUUAACUAAUGGAUCAAAUGAUUUGAAAAUUUGUUCACGUUUUAAAAAGGCAAACAUAAGUUUUUAUCUAAAUUUUAAGUCAUUAAAAAUAUUUUUAACUAAAUUACAACAAAAAAAAAAAUUGAAAAUAAUAAUUUUUCGUUAACUGACCCAAUCUUUCUACAUUUUUUUUUUUCGAGCAAAAAUAAAAAAAAUUUUAAAUAAUAAAACUGUAACUCCUAUAAAUUUGUUAUUUUUAUUUGAUUUUUCCUAAUUAUUAUGAAAACUACUUGUAAAAUAAAAAAAAUGAUUUUCUUCGUGAUUAAUUAAAUUCAAAAUGCAACAAAAAAGACCUCUUUUUAAUUGAAAAAAAAUUCAUAGGAGAAAACAUUAAUUACAAAGCAUAACAUGAAAUUGUUGUGUCGUAAAUAUUUAUUCAUUUUUAACUGGUUUUUCCUAACUAUUUUGAAACUACUUUGAAAAACAAAAUAUAACCUUGCUAAAAUAGCAUCCAAAUAAAAUUUCAUUUCAAAAAAUGUACUACACUUGAUACAUUACAGUAAAAUUUCUGAUAAAAAAGUAACAUCAUUGUAAAACUACUACAUUCCUCAAUUAGCUCAGAAUCUAAAAUAUUACAAUGUAUUAUAAUAAAUCUAUUUUUAACUACUACUCUUAUAUAAUAUACUUAUAUUUCCAAAUGGCCACAUGGUUUUUACUACAAUUUCCAAUGCAGAAAAUUAAAAAAAUCCAGGGUUACUUAAACAAGUCACUCAGUUCUGCAUUUUUACAUGUUAUUAUGACAAUAAAAAAAUAUAAUAAAAACGUAAAGCACAAUUUCUUUUUUUUAAUAAUGGUUCAUAAAGUUAAAUUAUUGUUAGUAUAUUAGUUUGGUAAAGGAUAUGUAUGAAAAUAUGACUGUAAAAGUGUGUGUGAAAUAACAAAUUUUGGGGUUAGAGUAGGUGUGCAUCAGGGGUUGGUUUUUAACCCUUACCUGUUUCUGUUGUAAUGGAUGAAAUUAUGGAGUAAAUACAAGGUGAGACAUUAUAGUACAUGAUAUUUUCAGAUAGUAUAGUUUUGGUAGGAGAAAAUCUAAAAGAAGUUAACAAUAGGCCUGAAGGAAAAGAACUAUGGAUAAGUAGAGGUAAAACAAAGUAUAUAGAGUUUGAGUUUGGAGGAACAGGAUAAAACAGAUAAUGGCAAUAGGUAGUGAUAUUAUAGGUGAGGUUGAGGGUUUUAAGUACCUAGGACCUUUUGUACAAAAUAAUGGUGGCUUUAAUGAGCAUGUAAAACAUAGGAUUAUAUGUGAUUGGAUAAAGUAAUGAAAAGCAUCAAGUGUUUUAUGUGACAAGAGAAUACCAAUGAAACUUAAAGAUAAAUUUUACAAGAGUGGGGUGAGACUGGCUAUGUUGUGUAGUUCAAAGUUUUUUGUUGGAACAAAAAUCAAAUUAUUUUCUAUUGAUUAUGAGUUAUAUUGGUGUCAUAGAAGAAAAAUCAGUUAUUAUUAAUUUGGUUUUUAUAGUCCUGCAAGAACUCUUUUUUAAAAAAAAUUACCUGGCAACAAUGUUUAGUUGUGAUAAAAAAUGGGAGAAAGCUAAUAUUGAAUGUAUAUUAAAUAAUAUUUGUAUUUUAAAGUAUAAAUAAUUUAUUUUUAGUCGGAAUUUCUUUUCAAUUUUAUGCAAAAAUGAAUCAAUUGAGUUAUUAAUGAAAUAUUACAAUGAUUUGGUUCCAUACGUAUACAUACCAGAACCAUCUAUUACUGAGGUAAUCUUAUUUUAUAUAAGAUAUGUAUUUUUAUUUAACAAAAUUAUAAAAGUUGUACAUUAUAUCUAAAAAAAAAAAUUAGUGUAUAUAAUAUAUAUAUUGUAUAAUAUGCAGAAAUAUUUUUUUAAUUUUUAGUUGAUUGUAAAGUCUAUAAACACAGCUGCAGCUACUGAAUUAUACUCAAAAAUUUGGUCAGACAUUUUAAUGUUUGAUCAAGCUGAUAGAGAACCUAUUAUAAUAGAGUUGACUGGUGGUAUGGCCCAAAAUUUAUUUCCCAGUUUUGAACAACCUAUUAAAGAACAAUUAGGUAAACUAGCUGGUACAAUUUUUGAUUCUAUUGAAGAACGAAAAGAAGCUGGUAAAAUAAAAUCCCCGUAAGCAUUUUAAUUUGUUGCUUAGUAUAUAUCACUUAAUUAUAAAACAUUUAUAUUUAAAUUAUUAUGUUUAAGUUUUACUUUAUUCAUUAAACUAACAAUGUUAUAGAAUAGAAACAUAUAAUAUUCAUUUUUUUUUUUUCUAGGUGGUCUGGUUCUGUAUUGGGAAACUUGAUAAAUGUAUGUUUGUUUGGGGAUAAUAUUGAUAAGGCUUCUGAAAUUAUUAAAAAACUGCAUACUAAUCAAAAUAAAAUCAUUGGAGUCCCAGAUAAUCAAACAAUUGUACUUUUUUUCAAUUAUUGCAUUGAAAAAAAUUAUUUUAAUGAAUUAUUAGUAAGUAUAAUUUAAUUUUAACCUAACAGAUAUGUAAUAAUUUGUUACACAAAUUAUUUUAUGUCUCGGUUACAAAUUAUUUAUUGUUGUAAAAGAUAUCUCUUUAUGUGUAUUGCUGUGUUCUAGUAAAAAACUUUCAAUACACAAUGUAUUUUGUUUAAUCUAAUUUUUGGUAAAUUACAUUCAUAUGAACUUAAAAGUAUGUUUAUACAGGUUAUUCAAUCCUCUUUUAAACACUUAUUAUUUUGAAAAAUAUCGACUUUUUUUAAUUUUAUUUUUGGAAAAUUAUAAUGUUAUUAAUUUUUGAAACUUGAUAUUACCCAUAUUUUCUUUACCCUUAUGUUUGUGAAUAAAACAACUACCCUCUUUAGAUUUUCAAAUGGCAUUAAAUAUUUUGAAUAAUCAAUAUUAAUCAAAAUAUUGGUUUUACUAAUAUAUGUUUACUAUCUUUCUUUUCUGUCUGCACACAACUUUUCUACCAGAUAUCUUACUGUAAUCAGUGAAUGACAAGAGACCUAAUUAUUACAUUUUAGAUCUAAUUGGUUCAUUGAGAGAAAUCUUUUCUUAAUGUAGCAUAAAGUAUAGUAUCUUUUCAAAAGACAAUUUUUUCUAGUUGAUGUGUAAGAAAGUACUUUUUUAUUUUCUGUAUAGUUUACAGUUUUGGCUUUUAUUUAGGACCAGCCCUCCAAAUGCAUAUCCACCCCACAUUAGUUUUUUCUUUCUAGCAUCUUUUAUUAUAUUUGGUCGUUGAAACAGAUUUAUUAAUUCCUCAUUGUGAUGGUUUCUCCAUUGAAUUGGUGUGAAUGCAAGGUCCUUAAAUUAGUUUAAGUAUUUUCCUUUCAAAUACUGCAAGUCUUGUUUAUUCUCUUCCUUGAAGUCUAUGUAUCAUAAAUAAUAUAAUAAUAAAAUUGGUAGUGGUUUCACCCUAAAAACAUAAGAAUAAAACAAAUAUGAUCAAUGUUACAAUUGAGAAUUAUUUAUUUCUUAAAAAACUUAACUUUCCAAUUGUCUUCAGUAGAAUUGAUAAAGUUUAAAAAAAAUUAGAUUUAAAAACUGUAGAAGAAUAAUUAUUUAAGGGACGCACUAUUCACUAAACACUAUUAAGAGCCAUAAUAUUUUUAACUUGUAUAUUAUGUUUUCUUGAAAUAUGAAUAAAAUGGUUAAUUUAAUUAAUCUAAUUAUGUCAUUAAAAAUUAUAAAUGUUUUUAUUAUCUAAACCAAUUUUUAAAGGUCUUGAAUAUUAUAUAAAGUUUAUAAUAGCUGAUAAGUUAUAACUCUAUAUUAAAAAUAACUAGGUAUAAAUAUAUACUUUUUAUUAUUAAUUUUGUUACCUUUUUUUAGAAAUGUCUUGAAUACUCUUUGGAAAUCGGUUAUGUUGAAUUGGAUGAUUUAAUUUCAAAAACUAUAACCAAGAUGUCUUUAACUCCAAUUCAAAAAAAUCAUUUGUCAAAAUUAGUUGGAAAAGAAUUUAAUGUUGAAAUUGAAAAUAAUGCUGAAUCAAUUAUUAGUUAAUUUUUUUGUUUUUUCACUUAGAAUUUAAAAAUAUGAGUUGAGUUAGUAAUAUAUGAUUUUUCACUAUUGAUAUGUUUACUUUAUUCUAUUAUUGUAUAAAAUAAUAUACUUCAAAUAUAUGUUUUGUAACUAGAAUUAGCAAAUUUAAAAAUCAUCAAAUCUGGUCAUUAAAAUUUAAUGGCCUUUACUUGUUAUAAUUUAUUUAUUUGUUAAUUGAUACAAAGAUAUACUAUUACUAUUAUUUUAUCUUGUUCCAAUCAAAAAAUUACAAGACACCUUUUUUCUUUUAAAUUGUGGAUUUACUAGAUUUAUUGGA